UGUCAACAGCCAUUAAAUUAAACAAUCGAACACCAAACGCAAGAUGCUCACACCAGAAUACGAGGAUAUCACUCAAAACGAGCUAGUAGAACAACACAUCAAAGACAACGACACAGAGGGUCUAGGAAAUGAUCUCUCUAUAGCAAUCGAUAAAACAGAGCAAGGCAAUUGCAUGGAAGGAGGUAUACAUACUCCUUCAGGUCAACUACCAAAACACUGGUACAGUCGUAAAUUGACCGGCUGGAUCCAUUCCCAUCUUUUACCCGAAAGCUUCAAGACAGCAGUUGAGAAGAGAUACGGAGUAUUUUUAGUUGUUCGCAAGACAGGAGAAUACCAUUAUGAAGAAAUGCCAAUGUACACACGCAUUGGCAUGCAUAUGCUCUUUGCAGGCUAUUAUCAGGGAAAAUUGGUGGAGACUGAAACGAUGAAAAAACUAUUCUUAAUCGAAACUAUCCGUCAGGGUGCCUAUUUUACCGAUCCCAAGUCUGUAUCACAAAUCCCAUCAUUCGUGGAACACUAUGGAAUCAAUAUGAAUGAUUAUGUUAAGCCAGCCCUGGAUUCCUAUUCAAAUUUUAACGAUUUUUUUACCCGAGCCAUUCGUCCUUCGGUCCGACCCAUAGCCUCCCCAGAAGACUCUAGUAUCUUUGUGUCAGCCGCAGACUCACGUCUUGGUGUGUUCUCUUCGGUUGAAAAGGCAACCGAAUUCUGGAUCAAAGGUAAAAAAUUCACGCUUCACAACUUCUUGCAAGACGCGAAAUUGGCAGACCAGCUCGAGGGUGGGUCAAUGGCCAUAUUUCGUUUGGCUCCUCAGGACUAUCAUAGAUGGCAUGCCCCUGCCGAUGGUGAGAUUGAAUCGAUCCAGACCGUCGCAGGAACUUAUUACACAGUAAAUCCUUGUGUGGUCAAGGAAGAUGUCAAUGUAUUUACGGAAAACCACAGACAAAUCUUGACAUUUAGACACCCACUGGGAUUUAACUAUGCUGUGGUUCCUAUUGGUGCAUUAUUGGUUGGAUCGAUUGUUCUUUCCGAAAAUACAGUGGUCGGAAAAUCUCUAAAAAAGGGAGACGAGAUGGGAUACUUCCAGUACGGUGGCUCCACAGUGGCCGUCAUUUUCCCCAAAAAUAGUGUGGAGUGGGAUAGUGACUUGCUCAAAACAUCCAAGAGCUCUUUGGAGACCAAGGUGAACAUGGGUGAACACAUCGGUCGAUUGAACACAGAUGCACUGUAAAAAAAAUCAAUUUUAAAAUUCCUAAGAAUGUAACUCUAUAACCAAAACAACAAAUCAAAAGCACAAUAAAAAUAUUUGAUUCGUUCAUAUAGU